AUGACUGAUGCGUGUUUGCAGCACGCAGUAGUAAUUGUGAGGGAAUGAGGCGCGCGUAACGCGAGAAUAUUCGCACCUCCGCGGGCAGUAAGGUGUUUUGAUGGAUGCGAGGUUAUCCCGAAGAACAUUUGCCAUCUCUCGGACAGAAAGCCAAUAGAAAAGCGUUUUCUCUACGUAAUGAAUCCCCUCCUCCUCCUCCUCCUCCUCCACCUCCUCCUCCGACAUAACGGAGCGAUGCUGGCGUUCAUGCUUCAAUCGAAACGCGUCUAAUCGUAACGCGGCUUCGGCACGAUGGAGACGGAGUCCCUGGCGUGAUUUGAAGGGGGAAGCCCUCAGCACAACACGAUAGAUAUACGAUGCCUUUCUCUGGACGUUUGGACUCCUAAUAUCAUCUCGCUGAGCGAUGAUGCUCGCGUUACGGCUCGCAUUUGCUCAUCGUCCGCUUUAUUCGCGAAAGAAGCAGCAGAACGGAUGCUUGACCACUGCGAAACUGCCUUCACGCUUCAAGCCUCUUCUGAUCAUCGGCAAGGGACACAUUAUCAUAACCACGAGGGCCAGGGAGACACGACUAAAGUUUCAACGAUGUAAAUCGAGGUCUGGUAUGAGUGAAGUCGCCUCCGUCUAGCACAAAACUAGAGCUCACGUUUGAGAGAGUCGAAAGAGGACGUCCGUUCAGCGUUUGCUGCGCACCACACCAUGAGCCAGCCACAUGUGUCCCAUGUGUCCCCAGGCCCCCUCAGCAGGCGGCAGCGCCGGAUCUGGAGGUGAUCUCCCAGCAGGUGGAGGAUGAAGGCCAGUGCAUGGCUCCAGUGCAGCUGGUCAGCUUCGCCUACAGGGACCUUCCUCUAGCUGCCCUGGACCUCUCGUUGGCCGGAUCCCAGCUACUUUCCAAUCUGGAUGAAGAGGACAACCAAGAGGGGUCUAACUGGCUGAAGCCGUGCUGCGGGAGGAGAGCAGCGCUAUGGCAGGUGUGUUUGCUGAGUGCCGGCUUCAACUGUUUCCUGGUGGCCUGUGUCGUCUUGGUGGUGCUCUUACUGACUGUGGAACUGCUCAUUGAUACUAAGCUCCUACAAUUUAAUAAUGCAUUCCAGUUCGCCUGUAUCAUCCACUGGAUCAGCCUGGUCAUCCUGUCCGUGUUCUUCACUGAGACUGUCUUUAGGAUUGUGGUGCUCGGGAUUUGGGAUUAUAUAGAGAACAAAGUUGAGGUAUUUGACGGUGCUGUGAUUGUACUCUCUCUGGCCCCAAUGGUGGCCUCCACGGUGGCUAACGGCCCCAGCAGCCCCUGGGACGCCAUCAGCCUCAUCAUCACCCUCCGCAUCUGGAGAGUCAAGAGAAUCAUUGACGCGUACGUGCUGCAGGUGAAGGUGGAGAUGGAGCUGGAGAUCCAGCAGUAUGAGAAGACCAAAGCUGUGAGGGAGGAACAGCUGGAGAGACUCACACAGAUCUGUCAGGAACAGGCCUUUGAGAUCAGGCAGUUGAGGGCUCACCUGGCGCAGCAGGAUUUGGAUCUGGCCGCUGAGCGCGAGGCUGCCAUGCAGAUCCACCAUGUGUGGGGCAAACAGAGCAGCAGCUUCCAGGAAAUAGACGGCCUGGGACCCGCUGGAUCUGACAAUACCAGAGAGCCCAGACCUCCUCCAGAGAGCGUCGUUCAGGAUGAUAUGAAUAACUACAUCAGUCAGUAUUACAGUGAGCCAAGUAGCGACAUCGGGGUGCCCGACCCUGCUGCACGUGUCAUAACCACAGCAGCCAUCGAUGUCCACCUUCCUACCAACCCCAACCAGUUGCCACCGUCCCUCGUCAGUGCUGACGGCCCAGGCAGUGGCCAGCAGCGCACGGGCAGCUCUGUAAGUGAAGCAUCCAGCACGACCAUGUCCCGGUCCAGCUGCAGCUUCACAGCCCGGCAGCACAGCGUCAGCAGCCACACGCUGGGCUCCACAACUGACUGCAGCUCUACCGUACGGGAGGCCUCCACCUCCGACUACAGCGGCCAACGCUGCUGCCCUCCUCCAUACUGCAGCCCUUUGACCCUCGGCACACAACCGGGUGUCCACGACCCCAGCGCGGUGGUCAAAGAGCUGCUCUCUUCCCUGUCUGAGGACUCCUGCCUGGCGCAAAAAGGCAGGGUGGACCCGGUCAACCUUAAAUUGCCCAGUCCGGCAGGGUCAGUGAAGGCCAGUCCGGAACUGGAGCACAGGGUGAACAUAUACAACAAGAGAAACCAGGAAAGUCUGGGCGUAUUCCAGACCAAGCCACUAAUUCACCUGCAGGGGACCGAGCCAUCUCUGGAAGAGAAGUACAGGCUUAUGGAGCCGGCAGAUACUCCACUGAGCCAUAUACCGGACACAUAGAGCAUGAAGUUUAGGACGGUGACCAACAACACCAGCUGAAGCAGCCUCUCUCUUGGCCUCUCUCUCUCUCUAUAUCGCUUACUCACUGGCUGUGUCGGAAACAUGAAAAAUCAUGCCUUCACUGACAGUAUCCUGAGGUAGGAAGGCAUCAAGGCAUAUCCAAGUCUAAUGUUUGUGGAACAUCCUCUACUGAAAGAGUGUGACUAGCCAAGUAGUUUCAGAGGCAGUGUAAAUGGCUUCUGGUAAGCCACCUUCCUGCAGAGUUCAGGUCCAGAUCUGCUCCAACACACCUUCCCGUAGUUUUCAAGUAAUCCAGAACACCUUGGUUGGUUGGUUCAGGUGUGCUUGAUCAGGGUUGGAGCUAAAUUCUAUGUGAAGGUAACUCUCCAAGAGCAGGGUUAGCUACCCCUGCUUCUUCUUGCAAGAUUAAUAGGAAUUGCCUUGUCACAAAUGAUACAAAAAUAAAGGCUGGAAUACAAUACGUGCCUUUUAAAAUCUGAACAGUAAGUAUCAUACACUUGUUAACUUUGUAAAUGGUUACAGAAAAAAACACAGAAAGGAUCACACACUACCAGACUUUCAUAGAACUCAUGCCUUGUUGAUAGAAAAUGAAAACCGUAUUUGUUCUAAAAUCGGCUCAAACUAUUAAACAAGUCGGAUACCUUCUAACUGGAUGGAAUCAUAGUCUGAAGCUAAAAAUCCAUGCCUGUCAAGAAAAGCGAUUUUCUGUGAAAUUGGUCAACUCCAAAUGACCAAAAUCUGCAGACUUGUUCUGACUGUUGGUAACUAGAGAGCCACAAUACUACAGAGUUCAACUCCAACCCUAAUCAAAGACACCUGAGGAAGCUAAUCAAGGUCUAAGGGUUACUAGAAAGCUACAGGCAGGUGAGUUUUUAAUCAAGGCUGGAGCAAAACUCUGCUGGGAUGCAGGUCUCCAGGACUGACGUUGGCCACCCCUGUUCUAGGCAAAAGUCAUAAAGUUGUAUUCCAGCCUUAAGUUUCUGUCAGACUCUGCAGGAAGGUGGCUCCAAACGAGCUGGAUUGGACAACCCAUUAACCAUCUCAGGCCAUGUCCACACGUACACGGGUAUUUUUAUAAACUGAGUUUUUCCUUCUUCCUUUUUUCAAAAAAAUCUCCGUCCAUAUGAAAACGCAAACGCAUGCUAUGAAAUACUGUCAAGAGCAUGCCAAACCACCAGGUGGUGAUAUAAUCUCAACCGUAAAGCCAUGUUCGCCAUUCAGAAGCCUGAAAAAGUUUCCAGUAGGUAGAGAUAACAGUGCAUGCUCCGACGUCACAAGCCAAAAUCUCUGUCUACAGAACACUGCAAAUGGAGUUUUUGAAAAUCUUCACCCUGGCAGGAGUUUUCAAAAAUGUUCGGUUUCAGUGACCUGGUGCAGCAUUUGCGCGAGGACGAACGGUCAAACCGCAUAGAAAAAGCUGCGGUUUUGAAAACAACCACGUUCAUGUGGACAGGGCCUCAGAUGGCCAUUGUGCUUUUUACACCAGUGUUUCUUCAACCCUGUUCUUGAAAGUACAUCAAAGGCAUUUUUGCCUUUUUAUUAGGAUAGGACACCAUGUAAGACAGGAAGCAAAGUGGGAGAGAGAACGGGGCGGGAUCGGGAAAGGUCUGCGUGCUGGGACUCAAACUCGGGACACCAGGGGCCUCAUUUAUAAAGCGUGCAUACGGUCAGAUUUGAUCUUAGAGUGUGCGUACGCUUAAAUCCAUGCCAACGCACAUAUUUGUAAAAACUGGCUUUGACGUGGAAAAGUGCUUAGCGUCACGUCAGGGUCUGAGCAGAUGUACACACUUUUUCUUGUUCGAGUACUGCAAGUUUUUUUAAAUGUAAGCUGUUCUUGCAGCUCGCUAUUCUAAAUUAAAUAAUUUACAUGUUAAUGACAUUAAUUAGGAGUCGUUUCCAAGACAGAGCUGAAACCAUUCAUUUGCGCACAAAGUUCAAUAUCAUUUGCGAUUCGUUGGCUUAGUUCACACUGCAGGUCUUAAUACUCAGAUCGGAUUUUUUGCGCUGUUGUUCACAUUGUCAUUUAAAUGCGACUGCCAUCAAUCUCAUGUGUGAACCGUAUACGGCCCUGAAGUGACAGACGCAGCGCACUGUGUUUGCGGAAAUAAAAAUGGAUGCUGCUCGUGUUAAGCAAUUUUUAAGUUAAUGUGCAAUUGGAGCCUAAAUAACGAAGUGAUAAGAAGAAGAAGAAUAUUAAGAAGAAGGAGAAGCACGAUUUCCUCCAGCGUAGAAUUGUGGCGUCUGUCGCAUUUCAAUGACGUAAAAAUCACAUGAAAUGCGACAUGGCCGUUCAGACAGAAGUCGCAUUGCAAAACAUCGGAUAUGUAUCCGAUUUAGGACCACAUAUGAAAGUGGCCUGGGCCUGAUUUGAAAAAAAUCGGAUUUGUACUGUUCAGACUGUCAUAAGAAAAUCAGAUAUGGGUCACAUUUGGGCAAAAAGUCGGAUUUGGGCCACUUCAGCCUGCAGUGUGAAGCUAUUUCACAUCUGAAAGAGAUGCGUACGCAUAUUCAAGAAAUGAUCGCAAGAUCAAUUUUAGGAUGGUUUCUGUGCAACAUUUUAUAACUGAGACCCCAAGCACAGAUUUGAGGAGCCCUGCCUUAAGGUUUACCUUCAUCCAAAAACUUUGAGUGAUUGGGCAGCAGUUUCUUUGUUUCGGACACAGCCAAUCUGUCUUUCUCUUUCUGUGUCAAACAGCACUAUGAUACUCUCUCCCAGGUUCCAUGUUCUCAGAAAGGGGCACAGGAAGUGACAUGAGGAUAAUGCUCUCUGCUACCCGCCUCAUGCAACGUUCCUCCUUACAGAUGCACAUUUCUCUCUCUCUCUCUCCAACUCUGCAAGAGCACUUGAACUGUGUCACUCCUGCCAAAAUUGCACAACCUUCCAAGGAGUCAGGGAGAGGUACUUUGGGAGCCAUCAUUGGAAGAUCCUUCAGGAAUUUCAGUGUGUCUGUUGGGCGAGUGGUGUAUGAAACCAGCAAAAACACACUCUUUUAGACGGUAGACCAAUAUUGGAGUGUGGCUGGAAGACUUAUCAUGUGUUCUCAUUCAGGGUGGCGUGGGAGGGAGUUUUUAUUUGUCGAUUUGUUUAUUUGUACGAAAUGUAACUGACACACAAUGUACAGUCCUUUUCCCCCAAUGCUGCAGGGUUACAUUUGAUCCGUGUUCAAAUGUCAAGCUGUGUGACUCAGCCAAAUUUCUUACCUUUGCCUUUCUUACAUUACUGAUGCUGAUGUUUGUAUUCAAAUUCUAUGCGAGAAAAAAAGUGCUAAACUCAAGUAUUUUUAAAACACGGAGAGCAAACGAUAGGCGAACAUUUCAGGUAUACAGUAUUAGAAGAUUUUUAUGAGAAAUUAUGGUUAGAAUGUUGUCAUAACCCUAAACCUUAACCCCCACCCCAAUAGCAUGAGCCUUCGAAAAGAUCUAUCUGCUUUCUGACUAAGGCAAAUUAAUCCUGUGUUAUCGACAAGGGAUUUUAUAAACUGAUAAUGGGAGAGAUUGUCAAGCAAUUAAAAGUUGGUAAAUUCAAA